ACAGCGCCAUGUUGUAUUCCUGCGCUGAUUGCAGGCACGAGAAAUCUGCCAACCCGUUUAUUUUUUGGGAUUAGUUCCCGAGAAUAAAUUGAACUGCGAUUUUGUAUUCAAAUAUAUUUGAUUUUAUAUUUGUUGGCAAAUGUUAUAGACUUUAGUGAAAUCGAUGCAUCCUUGUUGUCGCAUUUUGAGUGUUAACUCUUAAUUUCAACUGCAGUUUUGUGCAUCCGCGAAAGUUGAAAGGACUGUGUUGUAAAAGAAAGAAGUGAUAAUUAGCCAAAAUUCCGGUCCCUACGCGUAGACGAGAAGGUGCCUACCCGCCGGGGCAGUCGGGCGAAGGAGAUAUGAACAACAAACGAAAAAAUCGCCAAGGGCCACCGAGGUCACCACGAGGUCGUGUGGUAGCAGAGGGUGUUUACAACAAUCCACACUUCAUGCAUGCCAUGACCUCACAUGUCGGAGACAUCGUGCAAGUGCUAACACCCUCGGGCGGUCUCUGGGAGGGUGUCUUCAAGACUUUCAGUUCACACUUUGACAUUGUUCUAGAAGUAGCCCACCGCGUGGACCAAGAGGGUGUAGUGGCGGUGGAUUCUGUGGUUGAGAAAUUAAUCUUCAAACCCGAGGACGUGGUGUCCAUCCGGGCAAAAGACGCAGACCUCGAAUAUGCCACACAUGACGUGUUUCAGACAGAUAGUGCUAUCUCUAGCAAAUUUAAUGGUAAUGGCCGUUCAGCCGAAGAUCGGCAGUUGGAGCCAUGGGACGGUUGUGAUGGUGACACGGGUGAUUCACCCUCUGUAAAUGGGGACGCUAGGCUCGAUGAACUAGAGUUAGACCACCGAGCCAACGGCUGGGACGCAAAUGACAUGUUCCGUAAGAAUGAAGAAGUGUAUGGCGUACACAGUACAUAUGACCAUUCAUUAACGGGGUAUACUUUGCAACUUCAGAGGAAGGACACACAGGAUUACAGGGAAGCUGAAGCGAAAGCUGAAGAAAUAGCGGCUGAAAUAGAAGGAACAGCUACAUACAAAGCUCGAAUUGAAUUGGAAAACGGUGAUGAAGAAGAAAGAUUCGCAGCUGUAGUAAGGCCGCAACAGGAGCAACCCAAAUAUGUUAUACCGAAUAAGAGGAAGCCAGGACAGCAGCAACAGCAAGUAAACAAGCCAGUGAAAUCAGGAAACGGGGGCGGGUCCCCCGGGGGUGGUAAGGCCCGAGACAAAGACCCAAGACCACCUCGGCACCAUCUUACGCCACCAGCACCGCCCGCAGACAGACGGGAUGAACAUACGUCGGGCAACCCAUCCGGCACACCAGGCAACAAGAGCUACGCGGCGCAAGCGGCUGGCCACCACCCGCCACCAUUCCCGCAUCAUUCGCAUUCACAAUCAAACAGCAAAAUGAACGGCGAACCGCGUGCCUCUGGGCCACGGCAAGGAUUCCCAUCGCAUCACCAUCACAGCGGGCCACAAGAGGCUGGUAGAUCACGGCACGGCUCUCAAGAUAUAAGAGACCAACGAGACCCCAGGGAUCAACGGGAUCCGAGAGACCAGCGAGACCCCAGAGACCAACGAGACUCCAGAGACCAACGGGAUCCCAGAGACCAAAGGGAUCCCAGAGACCAAAGGGACCCCAGAGACCAAAGGGAUCCUAGGGAUCAACGUGACCCCAGAGACCGAGAAUCACGGGACCAAAGAGAUCAGAGAGACAGGGACUCACGGGAACAACGGGAGGCCAGGGAUCCAAGAGACCAACGUGAUCGGGAACCAAGAGAGCAGAGGGAGCCCAGGGAACCACGCAGGCACGAGGAGUUUCAGGAUCUACGCAAGUUCCAUCAAGACUUCAAACUGGUGACGUCACCGGCCCCUGCGCCGCAAGCAUCGCCCCCUCAAAUGGCCCCACCCGCGCAGAUGGCCCCGCCACAGCAGCCGCCCACGCAGCCUCCACAGCCAGUUUUACCACAGCCACAGCCCCCUGUCGUCGUACACAAUCCGCAGCCUCAGUUGCAGCCCCAGCCCUGCCCAGUAGUGCCGAGUCCUCCAGAGGUAUCAGCCAACGUAGGACCCCCGUCAGAGCCCCACAAGAGGCCUGCAAGGGCACCAGAGCAUCACAAGCCGCCUCCUGUCCCCACGGAAGAAGUAGAGGACACGAGUCGGUCUCCCGAAGCAAGUUCUCCCGGAGUAGAACGUGCUACUGCCACCCUCAAGAAAUCCACAUUGAACCCCAACGCAAAGGAGUUCAAUCCCAGUGCGAAGACUUUCACACCAAGAAGUCCUACUACACCAUCGCACAGCAGGCCACAUACGCCGGGAACUCCAGUGGGCGUCAAUAUGGGUGUAGGACCGGUCGGGUUGAACGUUGUAGGCGGCUAUGUGCCUGCACCGCCGCCAGGACCUCACAUGAUUCCCGCAUAUGCUGCAGUAAUGGCGGCGGCGGCGGCAGCCUCACAACAGCCGCCUGCUUAUCUACCGCAUCCACAUCCCAUAUAUGGUCCGAUGCCCGGUGGCGGCGUUGCAGGCGCUGCGGGUCAACAUGCGCCUCUGCAAACACAACCACGGGGGAACUUCAGAAAAGGUAUGCCGGUAGCCACAGCGACCGGCCAACCUCUACUGACUGGUGCGCCCAUGCAGCCCUUCGUGUCCUACCCGCACCCACAUCCCCACCCAGCGCCACCGCAGCCCACUCUACAGUACCCGCAUAUGUAUGACUUGCAGGUGCGCAUGUACCACCCAGGUGGGGCGGUGGGCAUGGGGGGAGCUGUAGGUGUGGGGGGCGGAGCGGUGGGAGUGGGAGGUGCGGUGGCGGAAUACGCGCCCCCCUCCGCUUCGCCCGCCGCGGCCUCCCCCGCCCUAUACCCCCCGCCAUCGCCCGCGCACACGCCGCACCCGCAUCAGCAUCAACACCCGCACCAACCACAUCACCAUUACCAGCAGCAGCCCUUCCAGUACAUGCCGCAAGUGCUGUGUCCGCUGAUGGGCGGCGGAGCUGGUGCCCAUCACCAUCACCACCACCACGUGGCUUACCUGAACCACGCGCCACCAACCGCCUCGCCGCCCCACCACCCACACCAUCCCCACCAUCAUCCCGUGCAGCAAGUACUACUACCACCACAGCAGCCCUCAGGAGGAUCAAGCACGCCUGGAAUACAUUCCUCUCACCCGUAGAGCGCAUCCUCCCGCCUAUUGACCCAAUCGCACCGCCCUACCACCCACUCGCCGUGCUAAGCCCGCCCGCCCUAUAACACCUGUUUGGUGCGUUUUAACUUUAAUUAAAAAUGUAUACGGCUAAGCCGUACGUCGGAAUUACGUUAUUUACUAAAAACAGUUUAUCAUAUAUAUUUACAUACACUUUCUAAGAUCAUGUUGUUUGAAUUAUUAAAUUCAUGUUCAAUUAAAAAUUUAAAUCUUUUUUUGGCUCAUGAUAUAACAUUCCAUAUUGAAGAAUCAUGUCUUUAUAUUACGAUUUAUAAAACAAAUAUAUUUGCGAAGAGAAAAAGUUUAUUAAGAUAUAUUUAUUUAAAAUAUAUUAUAUAUAUAUAUAUUUAUUUUUCAAAAUAAUUUAGUCAUUUCUAUCUUCCCUAAACAACAGACAACAACACUAUUAUUUAUUUGGCAUUUUAAACACCAUAUCUACUAUAAAAAUGCCCAAAGUGCGUUAGUAAAUAUUGCAGACAAAAUUCUCAAAAGUUUAAGCCCUGCUUUUAAAUCCAUAUAAAAGCUAUGUACCUACCAAUAUAUAUAUGUAUAGGAUAGUGUAAGCUUAGCACGGCGGGAUUAAGGGAAACAUUUCUAUAUGUAUAUCCGAAAGCAUUGUCUAAACGGACAGUGUCGAUAAGUCGGAUUGUAUUAUAGGUAGAUAAAUUUCUUUCGGACUGGGUGGGUAGAAAUUAAUAGAUUUUCUAUAUAUCCACAGCAAUAUAAGAAAAUAUGAAAUUAACACAAGACAGCCGGUCUAACUUUCGUUUUUUUUUUGUUAUCGUGGCAGCUGACAUUCUUCGUUGCAUUUUUAAGAUCUUUAUAUUUUGUUAUCGACUGUUAAUUUCUACCACACCUUUCUAUUUAUUAUUUAGUGUUAAACCCUAUUUCCAUCACGAGUCAAUUGUAUUCUUGAACGGAAUUUCCUUUUGAGGAAGUUUGCUUCAUUGUGCGAACAGACAAAGAAACAUCAACUGAAUAUAGUUCUAUGGCACAGAUUCAAUUUUUGCGCCCGGUUGCUACUUUCCACAUACAGACAAGUGACAAAUACGCAUAGCAAGGCUAUUUUUCAAAAAAUAUGUAUUUUUUGACGGAUAACGCUGGCUUUCUGUCUUCUACAACUUGUAAAUAUAGCAACUUGGUGCUAUUUAGCAUAUAUAUAUACAUAUAUAUAUUUAACAAAAUCUUAAAAUUCCAUUUUUAUUUAGUAAGAUGUUUUUUUAUCUGGCCGUAUACGCUAUCUACAUCGGAUGAAUAUCGGAUGUGUAAUGUAAGCCUAUAUAAUAUAAAUGUAUAAUAUAUAAAUAUAUUUACGGUGACUGCCUUAUUGAGUUGUGUAUGAACGAAUGUUAGGCGAGGGAUAUAUGAAUUUUUACCAAAAAAUUACUUGAAUUGGUGAAAAGUGCGUAUAUUUUUCUUGAUGGAAUGAUGUGACAAUAAAACGAAAUUAGUAGGUAGAUAAUACAAUGUCGACACGAACGUAUAUAUUAAGUUGAUACGUCUCGUGUCAGCAGUGUAUCUUAUAAUUAUGUCACUGAUAAGAUGUAGAGGUAACAUUGCAGACGGCCUAGGACGAGUGCUAUAUUUAACUUACAGUUGACUGUUAGUAUAACAUAGCCAGACAAAUGUCUCACAAAAAAACGAUACCACGGUAAUGGAACUACAUCCACCCGCUAAGUUAAAUAUGGCAACCGGAAGCUGUUCAAUUCAGAAGCAAAUAUUGUCAAAUUUCUUUUGCUUGUUUAAAAAGGUCUUGAUUCGAGACUUUGACAUCGGCCAAAGAAUAAAAAUCGCCGACAUAUUCUAAACGUUUGUAAAAUCUAAACGUAUUUAUGAAAUUGAUUUUUUUUAUGGACUAAAUUUUCAUGUAGGAACUUAAAUAUAUUUUGGUAAAUUUCGGUCAUUGGGUAAACUCGUCCAAGGUCAGCUGCAACCAAAUUUUAAAUGUGUCUCUAAAUAUAUUUUACAGGCACAUUGAAGUUUAAUCAUACGAUACGAACAUUGGUUGGAACCAGUUUUGUAACCUGGUAAUUGUGUCCAAUGAAAGAAUUAGCUUAAAUAUAAUUUAAACACGCUGAGUAGGCCAAAACUAUCUUGUAAAGAAAUAUUAGCUUCGUUUACUUUCUUAAAAAUGCAUUUCGAGUAGGUUUACCGACCUUGACAGAUAUUCCCUUACAAAGCAUAUUUUAAUAUACAAUAAUAUUGAACAAACACACUUGGAAAGGUUUGUGGCAAUUCAAGUUUGCAAGUCAGAAUUCCUACAAAAAAUUGAAUUGAGUCGAUCGGAUUGAUAACCAAUCCUAUUCCUUGCACUAACUAUUCUUAUAGAAAUUAAUAUUCGUCCCCGGCGGACAUAUUAGUCUUAGACUAGUCUGGUGUCUUUAUUUGUUUACCUAUUGUAUUUAUUAUAGGUUUUUUGGCUCAAGUUAUCUGAGAUUUUAAGAGUCUUAAUUGCCCGAAUACUCAAAGGCCAUUUAGAUAUAACAGUAACCUUAUAUAGUUCUCCUAUUUUAGAAUAGCUAUAUGGAGAGACAGAGCAUUUUGAUUGACGUUUGAGUAUUUGGACAUAGAAGUGUUCGUAGAAGAUCAAUUGGAGAAGUAAGGUUAGACCGCCGCUUGGUGAGUCAUGCGGCCGAUGUGGACUUGUGUGCUUGUGUACCCACAUUAGUAAACUGGUUUAGAAGAAAUUUUUGAACUUGCUUGGUAGGAUUAUUAAUAUACAGAUGAACUUUAAAGAGACCUAACCUAAAUCGUCAUAUUAGGACAAGUCAAUAAUCCUGCACUUUAAAUCCUUUAUUUAUUUACAGUUAAUUGCGUAUAAGAAAACAAAAAAUCAUAAUAAAUCUAAAGAUGGAGUACAAAUCGCUUAUAAGCGAUCUCUUUCGGGCAACCUGUUCUAAGUCGGAUCUUUUUUCUCCAAUAACUGCAAUAAUAAAUAAUAAAUUAAUUCUAACUAUCUGCAAAUAAUACUAAACUCUACAGACUGUACACAAGUACAUCUAUUAAAAUUUAAUUUGUUACGUACUUUAAGGAAGUUUAUAGUUUUUAAAUUCGCUUACGAAUUAUAAUGAACCGGUUUAUUAACGAGGGUGAAUGUUGUGUGUUUGUUUGUAUGAA